AUGGAGUUGACUGCUUUGAAUGGAAGGAUGGCUAGAUGGCAGAUCUUGCUUUCUGAAUUCGACAUAAUGUAUGUGAGUCAGAAGGUCGUGAAAGGGAGCGCAAUAGCUGACUUUUUAGCUAGCAGAGCCUUGGAGGAUUAUGAGUCUUUGAACUUUAAUUUUUCAAAUGAGGAUUUGAUGUAUGUGGUAGCUACUGAAGAAAAUCCCCAAAUGGAUUAUGUGUGGAAGCUAAGUUUUGAUGGAGCCUCAAAUGCUAUGGGUAACAGAAUUGGGGCAAUCCUAGUAUUUCCAAGCGGAGAUCAUUAUCCUUUUGCUAGCAAACUGGAUUUUGAUUGUACGAACAAUAUGACAGAAUAUGAAGCAUGCAUUAUGGGCAUUCGUGCAGCCAUCGAAUGUAAAAUCAAAGUACUAAAAGUGUGUGGGGAUUCUGCAUUGGUGAUAUACCAACUCAAGGGAAAAUGGGAGACAAAAGACCCUAAACUGAUUAGUUAUCGAAGGAUGGUUCUUGAAUUGAUGGACGAGUUUGAUGACAUCACUUUCUGUUACCUUCCGCGAGAUGAGAACCAGAUGGCUGAUGCGUUGGCCACCCUAGCCUCUAUGAUCAGAGUGAACAAGUUAGAUGACAUGAGGCCUAUUCAGAUGAGUAUUUUUGAAACCCCGGCUCAUUGCUAUAGUAUUGAGGAAGAGGAAAAAGAUGAUCAUCCCUGGUACCUGAAUAUAUCGCAAUAUGUAACAACUCGUUAG